GAAGAAAAUAACUACAAUGAAUACAAAAGAAACUAAAGAAACGUUAACUGUUAAAGAGAUUUUAGAGAGACAAAGACUUUUAGAAGAGGAAGCGGGAGAAAUUUUAUCAGGAAGGUUUGACGAAUGUACAUAUAAUAAGGGAUAUAUACGUCAGCCAGUUUACGCUUGUAAAACUUGCAAACCAAGCGAGGGGUAUGGACCAGGUGGUGUUUGUUAUUCGUGUUCCAUUUCAUGUCAUUCAGAUCAUGAACUUGUUGAAUUGUUUUCGAAACGUAACUUUAAGUGCGAUUGCGGAACAACUCGUCUUGGAGAAGCAGCUUGUAAGCUUGAAACAAAAUCACGAAACACAGUGAAUGAGCAUAAUAAAUAUGAUCAUAAUUAUGAAGGUAGAUUCUGUUGGUGCAAUGUCGAUUAUGAUCCGGAAAAGGAAGACAAUAAUAUGCUUCAGUGUGUAUUAUGUGAAGAUUGGUUUCAUGAAAAUUGUAUAAGCGGAGAAAAGCAAGGAGGAAAAAGAUUUUCGUUACCUGAUUUGGAGGCGUUUGAAGAAUAUUUGUGUCACAAGUGUCUUGACAAAUAUUCUUUCUUAAAGCCUUAUCUCAAUUCGCACAUGUUUUUCUCUGGCCAAUACAAUAAAGAUCAGCGAGUUAACGCGAUAAGUGAUGAGAAUAAAGAUUCCAAAUCAAGUGACAAAAUGUCACUACCUCUUACCGCUCAAACAAGUAAUAAGGAUAAUGAAAUCGCCGCGACUAAAACCGAAGGGACAUCCAGCACAAUUUCACUCUCAACUCCUGUAAAUAACAAAAGAAAGAUUGAAGAAGAUGAUAAAGCUGAUGAUUGCAAAGAAGUUGUUAACGCGGUGGUUUCACUUAAAAAAUCAAAGAAUGAUGAUGUUAACACGUGUAAGCGUGAAAGUUGGCAAAUAGUAAGUAAUGAAGUAGAAAUUGAUCUAUUUUGUGUACGAGGCUGGCGUGAUGAAUUGUGUCGUUGUCACAAGUGUAUGGAACUUUAUAAACAACAUCAAAUUGAGUUCAUUCUCAGUGUAGAAGAGACUUAUGAACCACCAGAAGAUGAUGACGCGCAAAAAUCAUUAUUUGAUUGCGGAAUGAAAGCAUUGAACCAAAUGGAUCGAGUCACUGCAAUCGAAGGGAUACUUGCUUAUAACCAAUUCAAGAAUGAGCUUAUUGAAUUUUUAAAGCCAUUCGGAGAAUCAGGCAAGACAGUUACCGUUAAAGAUGUUAAUGAAUUUUUUGAGGCUAAGUUACGAGAUCGUAAGCCAGCGACAGGCUCUUUUUUUUAGAACUGUACGUAAAUUCGUAUAGUAGAAUAUACAAAUGAAUGCUAUUUAGCUAUUUAAAUUACAAUAUACGUAUAUUAAACCGAUCGACUUAAAAAAAGGGUUUAAUGAAAAAUAUACAAGCUAAUAGAUGAAAUACUUUGUAAAAUUGUUUUCUUUUUUCUUUUGCAAAUAAAAUAUUUUGCAAAUAUUGUAAAAAAAAUAUACAUACAUACAUACAUACAUAUAUUCUAAAUAAACUUUAUUGUAUGUGAAUA